AUGAAUCACUACUUCAACGUUGAAGCUGCAUCACAAAGCGCCAUGGCUAAGCUAAACGGCUUGGCUGUGGCACGUUAUGCGUACAGCCCACCGGUGGUCGAUGCGGCAGAUGAUAGCGCAGAUGACUACCAAGAAAGCGACGAUGGGUCAAAAUACAAGCAAAUAGAAGAAAUGGAAAUAGAUAUCCCGGUCCAUUCACAACGUUCAGCACCCCGUCCCAUGCCCGUAAAAGACAAGGAUUUACUAAAACGCGAGCGGGAAGAACAAGCUGGCUUUAUCAUUCUCAUACGCGAUAACAAUAAACCCGACCCGUACGGUACAGUGUCUGAAACACAUGGUCCGCUUCCAUGGUCAGCCAUCGCAAAAGCGUAUAACGAGCGGUAUGGCAAGUCCAUUGCUUCGGCAGCAAUGGAAAAGCGUGUGCGACAGGGACGAGCUGUUUGGAUGGAAAAGCAUCUAACGUAUCCAUCCAAAAUCAUCUAUUCGAAAAAAGUCAAGGAACGUUAUCCAGAAGCUGUCGUCGCAUUUGCUCAGUCUGAUGGCAUACUUGGCAACCCUAAACAGAAUCACAAUUUUCUUCGGGCUAAUGAUCUACAGGACGGUGUCGGAUCCAAUGAUUCAUAUAAUGAUUGGAUUGGAGGCUGGAUACCACCAGAUCAUGUUCGCAAUCUAGCUGACCUUCACAACUACGCCGAUGAAGCAUUGUUCACACUUCCCGAGAAGGUCAGCAUAGAUGUCUAUGACAACCAGCAAAUCCAAAUUGGAUCUGUAAUCGCGAAUCGCAAAGAUCUCCUUAUGAACUCCUCUGUCUUUCGACAACUGUUAGAUCACAACAUUAGUACGCAGGUGCAGCUUCAAUGUUGGCCACUGGGACUUAUCGAACGCUAUGCAGAAUGCGUUUCCUUCAAAGAAAUAGCCCAGCUGCCAAAUCGUAUCUUUCGCGAUGGUGCCUCAGCCAUAGAGCUAUACUGCUUUGCGGUCCAGGUCUAG